AUACAGAUGCGGAUAGUGACGCAGAUGCCGAUAGCGAUGCAGACGCAGAUAGUGACGCAGAUGCUGAUGCUGACAGUGAUGCGGAUGCCGACAGUGAUGCAGAUGCGGAUAGUGACGCAGAUGCCGAUAGCGAUGCAGACGCAGAUAGUGACGCAGAUGCCGACAGUGAUGCGGAUGCCGACAGUGAUGCAGAUGCGGAUAGUGACGCAGAUGCGGAUAGUGACGCAGAUGCGGAUAGUGACGCAGACGCAGAUAGUGACGCAGAUGCGGAUAGUGACGCAGAUGCCGACAGUGAUGCGGAUGCUGACAGUGAUGCAGACGCAGAUGCCGAUAAAGAUCAUAAUGACAAAGCAGAUAAACCAAAUAAUAAAGAGUUACCAGAUACUGGUAAUGAUGCUCAAAAUAAUGGUACAUUAUUUGGUUCACUAUUUGCUGCGCUUGGAGGAUUAUUCUUAUUUGGCAACCGUCGUAAAAACAAAAAUAAUGAAGAAAAAUAA